AUAAUGUAGAGGGAAUACAACCUCAGUCUAUAAUGACAUGAAUUACAUUAUCAAUACAAAACACGUGUAUUAAUUUUGGAUUAUUCACGAAUCACGAAGAAAAAUCUAAAUUUAUCCCAUGAGCUCUCCAUAUUAAAUCAAUAUCGUUUUUAACCCGCCCCCGUCGUUCUGUGAAAUGGUUCUUUCCAGUAAUGGUAGCUGCAGCAUGGUGAAGGAGAAGCAGCGUGGAUUAACAACAACAACCACAAUUUCUGGAUUUAAAACGGUUAUUUGGUUUUAACAGCCACCUGUAGUUUGAGAUUUGAUCAUCUUUAAACCCGACAAGUCGAAGAAAACCGGCAGAGAUCUCGUUACAAGAUGCCACAUCGAAAGAAGAAGUCGUUCAUCGAAAAGAAGAAGGCCGUGACCUUUCACCUCGUCCACAGGAGUCAGAGGGACCCGCUGGCAGCAGAUGAGAAAGCCCCACAGCACGUCCUCCUGGCCGCCACCAAGGACACAGAGAAGAGGCGUGAUGAGCAGAGGGAGUUUGGCGUUUUCUUCGACGAUGACUACAACUACCUGCAGCACCUGAAGGAGGCGUCGGCGACGAAUGAGCUGGUGGCAGCCGGCCCCGCGCAACCUGAAAGGCAACGGAUUCAUCUCCCUGAUGAAGAUGACGAGGACGAGGACGAGGAGGAGGAUGACAUGGACAAGGUCAUUCCUGCCACUACGAUCAACCUGCCGUCUUCAGUGUUUGCCUCAGAGUUUGAAGAGGAAGUGGGACUUCUGAACAAAGCCGCUCCUAUCUCAGGACCGCGGCUGGACAUGGACCCCGACAUCGUGGCUGCUCUGGACGAAGACUUCAACUACGAUGACCCCGACAACCUCCUGGACGAUGACUUCAUCAUCAAAGCAAACACUGCGAGUGGAGCAGUGAACAGAGAAGGUGAUGAAGAUGAUGAUGAUGAGUGGGAGGACACAGACGAGGAAGGCGACUUUGACUCUGAAGGUGGGUUUUCGGGUGAUGAGAACACGGAAGGCUGCGCUCGAGAGUUUCUGUUUAUGGACGAGGAGACGAAGAGUCGAUUCACAGAGUACUCGAUGACGUCGUCCGUGAUGAGGAGGAACGAGCAGCUCACCCUGCUGGAUGACCGCUUCGAAAAGUUUUACGAACAGUUUGAUGACGAUGAGAUCGGCGCUCUGGACAACGCUGAGCUGGAGGGCUUCAUCCAGCCGGACAGCGCUCGCCUGGAGGAAGUUAUCAAAGACUACUUCAUACAGAAAGAGAAAGAAUACCUGAGGCCUGAUGACUUGGGUCCUAAAGAACUUCCUGUCCUGAAGGAGGAGGAUGAAGAUGAGGAGGAGGAGGACGACGAAGAGAUGGAAACUGUUGUUAUCAAGGCUCAAGAAGAGAAGUGGGACUGUGAAACCAUCAUCAGCACAUAUUCCAACAUAUAUAACAGACCCAAAAUCAUUCAAGAACCACCAAAGAUGAAGCCGAUCCGUGUGUCCCAUAAGACCGGUAUCCCUCUGGAUGUCCUUCCUGCCAAAGGCCUGACCGCCAAGCAGGUGGAGCGCAUGACGAUGAUCAACGACUCGGACCUGCCUCGCGCCUCAACCCAGAUCCGCAACAAAGAGGAGAGCAACGAGGAGAGGAAGGCCAGGAAACAGGCCAUCAAGGAAGAACGCAAGGAGCGGAGAGUGGAGAAGAAAGCCAACAAGACGGCGUUCAAGGAAGAAAAAGUGCGACAGGAGAAGCAGAUGUUGAACCUGAGAACGAACGUUCAAGGCAUGAAGCUUUAGUAGAAAACUGCCCGCACAGACUUUUUUUUAGCCGUUGGUGGCGUCACAGUGGACACGCUGCUUUCACGUCAGUGGAGCUGACAGACGAGCCCAAACAAGAGGACUGACGGGACGCUGACUGAGAGGCUUGAGUCUCCUCAAAUCACCAUGAGACCAAGUUCAUUUAAGUCAACUUUAACUAUAAGGAGCAAAAUGUAACUUUAUCCCCAGUUACCCAGCUCAGGUCGUCAUGUUAUAGCAGGUUAAAAUCAGGAAUACUGAAGGCCGGGUGUUGAGUAGGAGGAGUAUUGAAAACUUGGUAAUCUUGUUUACUCAUCCUCUGAUCAGAUACUGUCGGAUGUUUUGGGAAAUAAGCUUUCUUGCAAAGAGUUAGAGGAGAAGAUCGAUACCACUCAUGUCUGUACAUUAGCAGCCUAAAGCUAACUUAACUUAGCACAAAGACGGGAAACAGGAGAGGGAGGAUACAGUUAUCCUGGCUCCUCUAAAACUCACCAACAUAGCUCAACAGUGAGGAUUUAGAAGUGAAAAUCCCAUUCGUAUUCUGAAUCGCAGAUUUGAUUAUUAGCCAUAAUAUCGUAACCAUCCAAGGUAGACAUACCAUGAGCUAAGUGAAACGAUGGUAUAUGCUCCUGUCGAAGCCACAGAUCUGUAUGAUAUCAACCUUGUUUUAUUCACGAUAAAUACCCAUUCACGGUACUACACUACCCACAAUCCUAAGUGUAACAGCGACGUCUCAGAUUGGUGGAGAUUGCGGUUGUCAUGGAAAUGUGUACUGCAUCUGCAAACGGAUAGUGAGGGUACAUGCUCGUACGUGCUGCUUCAUGGUCUGCUCCUGGAUUUCACACCGGGCCAACAUGGUGGCUCGUUUGGAAACUUUCUCUUAUAUCACGAAAAUAGUUCACCGAAAUGUGUUUCUGAAAACAUUUGAGGCGAGAAAUAAGCCGUGCAGUUGCUUAAUCUUCAUUUUAAAUCUACAACAGAGAGUUUAAACGUUUUUCUGGAGUUUCCAGAGGCGACGAGUUUUCACUCUUAAAAUAAUUAUGUCCACAGUCUUGUACCUUUGUUCCGUUUUCCAAUGUUUUUUUUGCAGUGAAUCAAAUGUUUUAUGGUCACGAUUCCUCUUCUAGCUGGUUGGCUUGGUUCCAUGCUUAAAAACGCUUUAUAUAAGGAUACGUCAAUGAUGUGAAUGAAUGGAUCACUGUUGAGCUCUGUUGUUGCAUUAUAUCUUAUUUGUUUAAUCGGUACAAAAGCAGAAGUGUAAAAAUAACAUGAUACGGGCGUUGCGGACUAUUUCCUGGCUCUGAAAGAAACAAGAAACAGUCCGGCACAUACUCCCUGUAAAAUGACGAAUGUUGUUUUUGUACAGCUUAAACAAUCAAUAUAUAACAUGUUAAUAAUAACUGAGCUUUAGAGGUGCUGGUAGGCAGGUUUUGUUACAGAACCAGACUAAUUGUCUCCAGUCUUUGUGCUAAAAUUAGUUGGCUGUUGUUGAUAUAGCUUCAUAUUUAAAGGAGUGGUAUCAGUCUUCUCAUCGAAACUCUCAGAAAGCAAAUUUCCCAAAACGACAAACUGUUCCUUUAACAUUCAAGCUACUUUUGUUAAAUGAAAAAAAAAAAAAGAUUUUGUAGGAAAACAUUUCUAUUCUUCAUAAAAGGUAUAUAUCCAGCCAGCCCUUCAAACACGUCUUUAUAUUAACAAAAGAAAAUAUCAAUAUUGUUUAAGUCUCUUUAUUAAAAACACUUUAUGCAA